AUGGCGGCCAUGAUUCCCAGUAGCCCACCCCUGUGCCAUACAGCCGGCUGGGUUCUGCUCCCCAUGGCGUGGAUCCUGUGCACGUUGGUUCCAGAGGUGGGGGCCCUUACUGACCCCCUAAAUGCCUGCAGCCUGCCCAGGGGGAUGGUUGGCGACUCCAUCAGCCGCCCCGGACACAUUCUCAUAGGGGGGACCUUCCGGGUUCAUUACGACAGAGUCUACACCGCCAUUGAUUUCACCAGCAGCCCCGGGGAAUUCCAGUGCCAGAUGGUUUCCAUUGAGUUUUACCAGACCAUGCAGGCCCUGCUAUACGCCGUGGAUGAGAUAAAUACCGAUGCGGAACUCCUGCCAAACAUCACGCUGGGUUUCCAGGUUCUAGACACCUGUAAUACUUUACGGAGAACAGCACAGGGGGUUCUAUUAAUGCUGUCAGGAGGGCUGGGAAUGACCCCCAAUUUCCAUUGUUACAAGGGGAGGCUUCUUGCUGGCGUCAUUGGAGACUCUGCAUCUACACGAUCCAUCCUUAUGGCCCAGAUCCUGGGCUUGUACCGAUACCCACAGAUAAGUUACUUUUCCACCAAUCCUAUUCUGAGCAACAGGGACCUGUUUCCAUCUUUUUUCCGCACCAUUCCCAGUGAUGACUUUCAAAUGAGAGGUCUGGCCGAGCUUAUCUCUUACUUUGGUUGGUCUUGGUUGGGGAUCCUGGCCAAUGAUGAUGACUAUGGCCAAUCUGGACUUCAGAUGGUAAAAAGGGAAAUAAUGAAGGGCGGAGCUUGCGUGGCCUUUGUUGAAAAUAUAUUAACUACUACGGCUGAUAAGAACGCUCCUCAUAUCGUCAAAGUUCUUCGAGAGUCGACGGCAAAGGUGGUGGUUGUGAUAUCUUCUGAUUCUCACUUUGUGUUCGUGGUAGAAGAGCUGCUAAGGCAGAACGUCGGUGGAAACGUAUGGAUAGCAAGCGAAGCCUGGGCAACCUCGGAUUUACUCACCAAGGAAAGAUUCAGCAGGGUUUUGUUGGGCACCAUUGGUUUUGCCAUCUACCACGGGCAGAUGCCGGACUUUACCAAGUACUUCAACAGCCUCAACCCAUCAAAAGAUCUUCAUGAUCCAUUCAUCAGGGAAAUAUGGGAGCAAACAUUCUCUUGCAAGUGGCCCAGUCAGGAGAGUUUAGCCACCUGGAUGGAAAAUGCCACAACUAAAGUGUGUACAAUGAAGGAAACGUUGGAGAACAUACUACCGGAAGAGCAGAGAUUGUCUCUCAAUGUGUACACUGCUGCUUAUGCCUUAGCAUGGGCCUUACACAAUAUGCUUCAUUGUAAGCCUGGAACCGGCCCAUUCCAUAAUGGAACCUGUGCCGAUAUCUCUUCAUUCCAGCCUUGGCAACUUUUCCACUACUUGAAAAAUGUAACCUUCAAGACCCAAGAUGGAAGGCAAAUAUUUUUUGACGCCAAAGGGAACCCUCCCGCCAUAUAUGAUAUUGUGAACUGGCGAGUGAGUGCCAGAGGAACCCUGGAACAGGUUGCAGUUGGGAGCUAUGACCUAAAUCGGCCUGAUAGGACAACCUUCCAAGUAGACACUGGUGAAAUGAUCUGGAUAGACAAUCGUACACAGGUUCCUCUCUCCAACUGCAGCCCAAGCUGUUCGUUGGGAUUCAGGAAAGUAAUUGUACCAGGAAAGCCAGUUUGCUGCCAUGAGUGUGCCCGGUGUCCCCAGGGGCAUGUCUCAAACCAAACAGAUGCUGUGGAAUGUCAGCCAUGUUCCUGGGACACGUGGCCCAAUCUACAGCAGGACAGAUGCCUACCAAGAACUAUAGAGUUCCUUUCCUACGAAGAACCUCUGGGUUACAGCUUAGCAGCGAUCACCAUCUUUUCUUCUAUCAUCCCACUUGUUAUUUUGGGACUUUUUAUACAAUAUAAAGAAACACCAAUAGUCCGAGCCAACAACUACUCCCUUAGCUGCCUUCUCCUGCUUUCCCUGUUCCUCUGUUUCCUUUGCUCUUUAGGGUUCAUUGGUUACCCACAACCUGAAAAGUGCCUUCUGCGCCAGGUGGCAUUCGGGAUGGUUUUUGCCCUCUGCAUCUCCUGUGUUCUGGCCAAAACCAUCACUGUUGUCAUUGCCUUUAAUGCAACCAAACCCGGCAGCAGGUUAAGAAAGUGGACAGGGGUGAAAGUGCCCUACUGUGUUAUUAUCUGCUGUGUCUUUAUUCAGUUAUGUGUGUGUGUUCUAUGGUUGACCCUAUCUUCUCCUUUCCCUGAACAAGACACUAGAACAAAACCAGGUUUAAUUAUUGUUAACUGCAAUGAAGGGUCACCCCCAGCUUUCUGGUGCAUGCUGGGAUACCUUGGACUCUUGGCCUCCAUCAGUUUCAUUGUUGCCUUCCUGGCCAGACGCCUCCCUGACAGUUUCAAUGAAGCCAAAUUGAUCACAUUCAGUAUGUUGGCUUUCCUCAGUGUGUGGGUGUCCUUUAUCCCAGCCUAUCUCAGUGCCCGGGGCAUGUAUACUGUGGCAAUGGAGGUCUUUGCCAUCCUGUCUUCCAGUUGGGCUUUGGUGGGCUGUAUCUUUGUGCCAAAAUGUUACAUUGUACUAUUGAGACCGGAUAUGAACUCCAGAGAACAUCUCAUGGGGAAAAGGAAAGAUCAAAAAUAA